AUGGUCAACUCCUGUUGUGGCUCUGUGUGCUCUGACCAGGGCUGUGGCCUAGAGAACUGCUGCCGCCCCAGCUGCUGCCAGACCACCUGCUGCAGGACCACCUGCUGCCGCCCCAGCUGCUGUGUGUCCAGCUGCUGCAGACCCCAGUGCUGCCAGUCUGUGUGCUGCCGGCCCACCUGCUGCAGACCCCAGUGCUGCCAGACCACCUGCUGCAGGACAACCUGCUGCCGCCCCAGCUGCUGUGUGUCCAGCUGCUGCAGACCCCAGUGCUGCCAGUCUGUGUGCUGCCGGCCCACCUGCUGCAGACCCCAGUGCUGCCAGACCACCUGCUGCAGGACAACCUGCUGCCGCCCCAGCUGCUGUGUGUCCAGCUGCUGCAGACCCCAGUGCUGCCAGUCUGUGUGCUGCCAGCCCACAUGUUGCAGAUCACAGUGCUGCCAGACUACGUGCUAUAGGACCUACUGCCGCCCCAGCUGCUGCAGGCCCCAGUGCUGCCAGUCUGUGUGCUGCCAGCCCACCUGCUGA